CGCGCGGCAGCGGGAGCGGCGGGGAGGGGACCUGAGAGCAGGGAGAGGAGGGGACGAGCAGAGCGAGGGGAGACCCGCCGCCUCCCUCCCUCGCUCGCUGACUCGCUCCCUCCCGGGCUGCGGCUGCUGCAACGGCAGCAGCGGCGGGAGCAGCAGUCUGGAGCCCGGCGUCGAGGAUCCGCUGCUGUCUCAGCCGCUCCAGCCUCCCCGCAGACGCCCUCUCCCCUCUCCCCUCCCAAGAUGGCAGCCAGCAGCACUGAGGGCCCCGAGAUGAAGGGGCUUGAGGAGGACCCCCAGACCCAGGGCCAAGGGCCUAGCUCUUCUGAAGUGGGAGCUGGCCCUGUCCCAGCGGGGGUCCCAGAUGAACCUGAGGCCCCGCAGCCAGGCCCAGAGACUACAGGGGCCCCUGUGGGCCCGGAGCCUGAGGUGACCAAGGUGGGGCCAACUCCAGAAACCACGGAGACCCCAGCAAGAGCCCCAGAUACAUCCCCGGCCAGAGACCUCAGUUCAAGCCCAGGAGGGAACUCCAAGGCUAACACCAGCCCCGAAGAAGCUGGCCAAGCACCAGCGUCCCAACCGGAAGUGAGCAAAGAGGCCUCUGCAGCUCAGGGGGCUGCCGUGCAACCCGCAGCCCCGCUGGAGCAAGCCUCAGAGCCCCCUCCCCAGCCCGCCCCCCAGCCUGCCCCCCAGCCCAAGUCCCCUACCCAGGACGCCCCUGCCCCUGAGGUCCUGACUGAGAGUGGGGGAGAAAAGCAGGAGAACGGGGCAGUAGUUCCCCUGCAGGCGGGCGAUGGGGAUGAGGGCCCAGCCCCCCAGCCCCACUCACCACCCUCCACCAAAACCCCACCUGCCAACGGGGCUCCCCCCCGGGUGCUGCAGCAGCUGGUCGAGGAGGACCGGAAAGGAAGGGUUCACAGUGGCCAUCCGGGAUCUCCCCGGGGCAGCCUGAGCCGCCACCCCAGCUCCCAGCUGGUCGGGUCUGGGGUGGAGGGGGGUGAAGGCACCCAGAAACCUCGGGACUACAUCAUCCUCGCCAUCCUGUCCUGCUUCUGCCCCAUGUGGCCUGUCAACAUCGUGGCCUUCGCUUAUGCUGUCAUGUCCCGGAACAGCCUGCAGCAGGGGGAUGUGGACGGGGCCCAGCGUCUGGGCCGCGUGGCCAAACUCUUAAGCAUCGUGGCGCUGGUAGGGGGGGUCCUCAUCAUCAUCGCCUCCUGCGUCAUCAACUUAGGCGUGUAUAAGUGAGGGGCUCUGCCCUGCAUCCCAAGACUUUUCUUCCUGUUGGGAGCUGCCUUGGGCCCACCCUUCCCUGGGGGAAGCCCAAUCGAUGGCCCAGGCCCGCACCCAUAGGGACCAAGGGAGCCUGAGCAGCCUUGUUUACAGCUUCUUCCCUGCUCCUGCAUCCUGCCAGGCUCCUCUGCCAACCGUAGGCCUCCCUUCUCCUGCACCGUUUCCAACCUCCCUGUAUGUCUGCCUGCAUCCCCGCCAACCUCGGGGCCUCCCUAGCCCUGCAUUUCUGGAAACCUCCCUGCACUUCUGGAAACCUCCCUGAACCACCUCCCCAAGUCUUUGCUCUCAGCUUCCCUGCAUCUCUGCCCACCUCCUUCCAAACCCAGGGAUUCCCUGCACCCCAGCCUGGUCUCCCCCUCCCAACUUUCAUUGUCUUGGCAUCUUCCUGAUUAUUUUCUUCUUUCUCGCCUUUAGCACCCUCUGCCCCCUCCACACCGUCUGCCUCCUUCCGCCUCCUUCCCCUCCUCCCUUCAAGAUCCCCUCUCUCCUCCAUCCACCCUCCUGCCACCGUUCAUUCUGCAGAAACUCCAGCUUUUACUGGGGAGGGCAGGGGUGUCAGGAGAGGGCUCUCUAACCUGGGGCUCCGACUGUUCACUGUUCGGACCAGCUGGGCCCAGGCCCGGUCCGGACCGCUUGCUGGGGUGGUGAACCCACACCUGGGAGAAGGGCGGGGCCGCUGACUCGCCCCACCUGGGCUUUUGAGCCCAGUCAGUGAGUUACUUUCUUAAACAGGCGCCCUCGGGGCGGGGGUCGUUCGCGGGCUCUGUAGGAAAAGAACCCCCCCAAAUAGGACCAAAGCUCCGAGCUACAGGAGCGAGGAGGGGCGGGCGCUCUACAAUCAUUUUCUAUGAGGACCGGGAGGUUUGUUGCUCGCUGCAGUCCGCUGGGGAGGCGGGGACUGAACUCCCGCGCGGUUCGACGCGGUUCGGAGUUGACGGAAUUUUUGUUUUCUAAAAAAGUGU